AUGGCUGAGUUCCUCGAAGUAGGAGCCCACGUUCGGUGUGUGGUCGAUCUCGAUUCUGGUGAACAACGCCGCGGAAUAGUAGCGUGGGUUGACGAUGGAGAUUGCGAUAUCAUACUUGAUGAUGAUACUGAAGUUAACAACAUUCCGUUGAGUUCGGUGCGGCCUCUUGAAGACUUCGAAGAAAACACUGCGGCUUUUGAUGAUCUGGACAACUGCGAUAUCGCCACCAUGGCUGAGACGGUUAAAGGCUGGGCCAACCGCCUGUUUAAAUUAAAGGACUUCAAAGCGGCGGCAGAAUGGUAUAAGCGGGGGCUGGAAGAGAUACAAAAGCGACUCGGUAUCGCUAGAGAGGAUCGCUAUUGCGUAUACGCCUCAAAAGGAGAAGUUAGAGUAGCCCGAGUAUCUCAACGGGAGCACGCCAGUCCACUACUGGAAGAAAAGCUUCGUAUAGACGAGAAGACCUGUUCGGCAACGGAAUUAGGAGGAGGCGCCAUAGUCACCGUUGAGGACUCGAGCAAAUUGUUGAUGUUCUCGCCUGAGAAUGAGGCUCUUACGCAAGCCCAGUGCGCGAUGAUGCUCAACGCGGCACGGGCCUGUCUUGGUCGGAGGCGGCUUAGCCCCACUGAAGUCUCAGUAAUGUAA